GAGACGUAAUCUAGUGGCGAGCCGCGGCAUUAAAAACGUCUGAACAUGCAGGACGCGUUAUCUAACGGCGAUAUGCGCCACUAAUUUUGUCAUCGAUUUAUUUGUUAUUUAUUAUUUAUUUACAACAACAUGGAGACUGUUGAUCAUGUGAGGUUAGAACAUGCUGCGAUAGAAGAUGUUGAGAAAAAGUCAUCUGUUGACAAUGUGAAGGCCGAGAGUGCACAACUCAGUCAUCAAGAAUUAGUGAGGUUGACUAAAACAACUAUAGCUGAUAUUAUUGAGAAUGAUCCGCUACUUACUGGACUACCCUCGGAUGUCACAACGGAAGAACUGAAAUCCCAGAUCGCAGUAGUGCAAGGACAGGCCAUAACAGUAUUCUUAAAUCGUAGAGAGCUACCAAAACUCGCAGUAGUGGUUCCUCCACAUAACACCACAGUGCUUGAUUUGAAGAAGGCAAUAAAGCGACACAUGAAUUUAUCUUUAAAGAGAGAAAAUGUCAACAAGAAGAUAAGUUGGAAACACAUUUGGAAGAAACAUCAUCUUCGCUUCGAUGACAUCAUACUUUCUAACGAUAACGAAAAUAUUAAAGCUUAUGGCAUCAUUAACAAGGCAGAAUUACACUUUGUCAAGAGACGGAGAGAAAAGAAUAAACUGAUUAAGCGUUAACGGCAA